AGAUCUUGUACCGCCUGUUUCAAUUAUCAAAUGUUUUCAUAUUACUUUUACGUCACUGUAUAUAAUUUUUAAAAGUAACCCAAUUGCAAUACAUGUAUAAUUUAUUAUCUAGAUUUUUUUAAAUGACAUUAAAUAUUUUGCAAAUAAUGAUGGAUUUCAAGUACAACCCUAAACGGCGGUAUGCAAGGUUCUGUAAUUGUACUUCACUAACUACCUGUCGUUGCGGAGAAAAUAAUGUGCAUGAAUGGACAUGGGACAAAGAAAAUGAUACAUAUUCCAUCGUUUUAUCUGAAAAUAAUUUAACAGUUGAAUUUCACAAUAGCCAUAAUUAUGAUACAGUUGUGAGAGGACAAACAUUAGAAAAAGGCAGGCAUCAUUAUUGGGAAGUUAAAAUGCUUUCUGAUAUUUGUGGAACUGGUAUUAUAGUUGGAGUUGGUACAAGUAAUAUGAAUUUAAAUAGUGCAGAGAAUAACUUCUGUUCCUUUCUUGGGCACGAUAAAGAAUCUUUUGGUUUUUCUUGCUAUGGAUAUAUAUAACAUGCUGGUAAGAAAUGUUAUUAUGGCGCUGAUUUCGGGCAAGGUAGCUUAGUAGGGGUACACUUGGAUACAUGGAGAGGCACCCUAGAAUUUUUUUCUAACAGGAAACCACUAGGUAUUGCUUUUAAUGGAUUAAGGAAUUUUGCAUUAUAUUCUAUGGUGUGUUCCACAGCUGCACACAGUAUAAUGAGAUUGACUCAUAGCUGUUCUGUGCCAGCUUCUUUAUCAGUAUCUUGUUUGUCAGUAUUAAAAUCAUCACAUAGAGCAUAUUUAUCAACUAUGAUUCCUGGAUUACGAUACCUUACUCAGAGCAUUUUUGCAGAUAUAUUAAAAACUCGUCCAUAUGAUGAGAAUAAGGAUAAACUCGAAUUUCUAGCAAAUUAUGUUGAAGAUGACUUUGAAUUAGCACUAAUGGGUAGGGGUAUAAAAAGGAAGAAAAUGUGUAGAGUGCUGAAUAUUGGGAGCCUAAUCAGUUUUUACAAAUGGCGUGCGGCCAGCGCUGACGAUUGAUGUGGACUGAAUACUUUUUCGCUAUACUGAACUCUGUUGAUUGACUAUUCAAAGCGAAAAUUGUAAUAAAUUGUAGUAAUUCUUUUGUAUGAGAUUAAAUGAUUCA